CGCCAAGGGGUAUGUCGGCGUGGGGACUUUUUAAACUGACUUGCAAUUAAUUUAGGUUUUUAGAUGUCAUGAUUCUUUGACUUGACAUGUAUGCCUUACAGAAGUUUCUUUAAAACUUCUCUGAAACAUCGCCAUGACAGAAGAGCUGGAGCCUAGUGCUAAAAAAUCCUGUGCUGACUGUGAUUUUGGACUACUGUCAUUUGGACCCAAAUAUUUAGGAAAGUCGGAACUGUGUUUCCAGUACUUGGUGCGACAUGGUGUCCUCAGUGAUCAGCUGACUUGUAAAAAGUGCGGUGAGCUCUGCCAGCUCUAUUUCAACCAUAAAGUAUUCAAGUGUCAAAAACUGGUCCAUAAAUCAAAGAAAAUGACUCAGAGGUGCAACUUUCAACAGUCUAUAUACCACAACACCUGGCUUCACAACAGUUAUCUGGAUAUUGAGAGCAAUGUGUUGUUUAUGUAUAUGUAUCUAGCAGACUACUUCAUAUACAAAGGAAUCAAAGAUGAAAUCCCUGGAAUAUCAGACAAAACCAUGAGUCAGUGGUCUUUGUUCUGCGAAGAUGUACUGAUACACUGGUGCCAAGUGAACAGCUCAAAACAGAUUGGUGGCCCUGGCUUAACAGUCGAAAUUGAAGAACUGAAAUUGGAAAAAAGAAAAAAUAAGGAAGACAGGAUCACUGUGGGUAUGUGGGUGGCCUUUGCUGUGAGAAGAGUUUUUUGCGGUUGAAGUGGACAAAUGGGACAAAGAUUCACUCACAGCAUUCAUCAAAGAAAAGGUGCAUCAAGAAUCAACGGUGAUAAACAACUGUUGGAAACGUCACAGUUCUCUGCAGGACGAAGAAUUCCAACAUCUGGAAGCCUACCAUGAACUGAACAAUAUAGACCUUGAGGCUGAUCCUCAUGCUAACAAUUUGGAAAAAAAGAGGAGAAAGCUGAAGAGGAAGGUGCCACUGUAUGUGGAUGACACAUACUUUGAGGGUUUUCUGGCAAAAGAAGCCUUCAUGCUGCGGUAUCCGGAGAGAAGGAGUCGGAUGCACCCGUUCCUCCUGGCCGUGGCUCAGCGCUUUCUUACAGGCCCUUGAAGAAAUGUAUGAACCUGAGGGAUGAUGUUAGACAGAAGCAUGAAGUCAGGUUGCUGUGAAGAAAAUAUUUUUCAUGGAGGAAGCUGAUAUUAACACAGUAGAAGAAUAUGGUAUCAAGUUUGAAGACUUUGAAUGUAUCUUCAAGGAGAAGAGUGUAUUUGCUAGAAAAGACUUCAGUUCAGUUCAGUUCUUCAUGUUUUUGGUCUCAGCAGAUUUUCCAAGGUACAUGAGGAAGCACACAGGAACGACCCUAUGAAUGUUCAGCAUGUACAUGGUCACUUGAAACAGGUGAGGAGUAAUUUAGGUGCAAUGUAUGACAGAACAUUUUCAUCAUUUGAUUGGUCAUGUCAACACACAACUUUAGCUGACCCUACAAAUGCCAGAUCUGUCUGAAGGCUUUUUAAAUGCCAUAUCAAUCAGAGAGAAAACAAAUGAAUUCACAAGAAAGACAGAGGAUUCCAGUGUGAUAUUUGUAGCCCUGAUUUUAAGGGUCCAGAGGUGUAAGGUUUGCUGUUAGAGUCAUAUGUACAAGAAACCCAUUUGCUGUGCCUCGGUAACUUUUGUAACACAAACUAUUUGAAAAAGCACAGCAUUUACAAGUAUUCAGAUUUUGAAGUUAGAGGUCUUACUCUUAUACUUGUGAAAAAAUGAUAAGGGAAAGAGAACAAUAGUAUUAAAGGUAUAUAUUUUUGGCAAUCUCAUUUUUUGCAUAUUUGCAAAUAUUUGUUUGAAUGUUAUAUAUUUUUAUGUGCUAAGUCUAUAUUAUUAUUUUUUGCAGCCUUUACUAUAAAUGCAGUCAAUAUUAAAUUUUGUUUGUGAUA